AUGUCACUCAUUUCUACUUCAACCACUCCUCAUGAUCUUUGGUCCAAGUUGCAACGAUUAUAUACCAAUCUUUCACGUACUCGUGUUAUGCAACUUAAAGAAGAGUUGAAUCACAUUCAACAAGAGUCCCACUCGGUUUCAGAGUAUCUAUAUGCCAUCAAGGUUUUAGUUGAUAAACUUUCUGUGACUGACUCUUUAGUCUCAGUGAAUGAUAUUACUCUGUAUGUCCUCAACGAUCUUGGUCCUAAAUUCCAUGAGAUUGCAGUGCUUAUUCGGGCACGUGAGACUUCUCUUACGUUUAAGGAGCUUUAUGACAUGCUAGUUGGCCACAAAAGCUACUUGAGACGUGUUGACAAUUCCAAUUCCGCCCUGGUUGUCACUGCAAACACCACUCAGUGCCACACUACCAAUUCCACAUUCAACCACAACCAAAGUUCCAGCACUAGUUCCUAUGGUCCGCAUCGCCCCAACUCUGGUCACUAUAAUUGCAGAGAGCAGUCUGAUAAGCCCCAGAUUAGUUGUUAG